AUGUUUGAAGGUCUUUUAAGAAAAAUAAAGAAUCUAAAAAUGAGAAAUUAGAUAAUAUUUGCUAACAUAAUAUUUCUAGCCACUGUUAUAUUAUUAGUAAUUUCUGCAUUUUAUGUCUAAUCAAAAAUAUUUUCUUACAUAUCAAGUCAAUCAGCUGAGCUAACAGAAUCAGAGUAAGAAAAAAUAUAAUUAAAAACAAUUGGGAAAAUGUUAAUGAGAAGGAUUGUUUUAAAACAUGAGAAUGGUAAAAUAUAUUUUUAAUUUACUUAGUAAUAAACCAUUUGGCUUCUAUUCAAAAAUGUUUCAGUUAUAUUGAUUAUAACAAUAUUACAAUAGAAUUAUAAAGUCCUAUAGCUCCAUGUGUAUCAAUUUAGUAUUUAAAAGGAAACGAUUAUUUCAUUAACUAUGAAUCUUUUUGUUAUUAAGCAAAUGGAAUAAAUGAUUCAAUCACACUUCCAAUAAAUGACACUUUGGUAAAAUCACUUCAUUCAACAAUAACAUUAUUAAGUGCAUACUCAAUGAUUUUUGGAUUAGAUAUAAUUAAUUUGAAGGAAUAUUUUCAUAUUGGAGCAAGAUCAAAUAUUCAAUAUUUAGCAUCUUAUCCUGUUAGUUAUUUAGUCAAAUCUUAUAAUGUUCUUAAACGUCCUUGGUAAUGUUUCAAUCUUAUUUAGGUAUUUGAAUCAUGUUUAAGCUUUUGACUAGAAUCCAGAGUUAAAUGUUACUUAUACUCCACCAUUUAAUCAUUUUAUUACAUAAACUUUAGAGGUUUCUAUUUGUUAUUCAAUUAAAUCUAAAGCUAAAGAACUUAUUGGUGUUUCUAAAACAUAAAUAAGAUUUGAUUCAUAUAUGAUCCCAUAGAUUCCUUAUAAUGUAUUAUUAUUAGAUAUGACGGGUGUUGUGUUAUUUUGUAAUGUAGAUUUAAAUUUUAAUGAUUCCUAAAAAAUUUAUGUGUUUGAUGAAAAAAUCACAGGAUUUAACAAAUCUGAUUGGUUUUUAAUCUAAGAAAAUUCUUAAAAUGAAAAUUCAAAUCCACUAAUUUUCUAACAUAAACUUUCAAAUCUAUCUGUGUAUAUGGUAACCUUUUAACUUCCAAAUAAAGAAUAUAUAAUGAUCAUGUAAUUGUAAUCCAUAAUUCAAGUUAUUCAAAUAUUACUACAACAUAAGGGAUACAAUAAAAUAUAGAUGAAAAGAAUUCCCAAUUAGCUAUCAUUUUUAUGAAAAUGUUUCUAAGUCAUGCUUGCUUUUCAGCAUUAUUAAUGUUUCUAGAAUUUAUUGUCAUUGUAUAAAUUUUUGCUCCCAUUUAUAAAUUAACUAUGGAAAUCAAAAAAUAUACAUUAUGUGUAGGGAAUAAUGUUGAUAAAGAAAUUUUUAAACUAAUUCACAAGAAACCAGCAAACAAUUAAUUUUUUACACUAUAACAAAAAAUGCUUAAUAUAGAAAAUUUAUUAAAUAGUAAUCAAAAUUACAAAAGUAAACUUUGCAAGAUAUAUGAAUCAAUCUAAUACAAUAAAAAAGAAAGUCCUUUCAAAAUUAAAUAAAUAAAAAAAUCAGCAUUGAUUUUAGAAGAUUAAUAAAAAUAAUUUAAGUAAAAAAUUUAGACAAUUUUAAAACCUUUACUUAAUUGUAAUGAGACAAUCAAUAAUUGA